AAGUAAUUUUCUAGUUUCACAGCCAUUCGGUCUUGCAGUUAUUAUAUCUUCGGUUUCAGUUACUUACAUUGUAAUUUGUGUCUGUGGCGUCGAUUCCUUUCACACAGGCCCCAACUUCACAUCACCAAGUUAGUUUAGUAAUCUUCACCUCAUAAGCACAAGAUAGAGCUGAAGUUCAGAAGCCAGAGUGGACUUGGGCCGUACACGAUACUUUCCUCGAUUUUUUUUUCCUUUUGUGAUGUUACCCUAGGUGUUUGCAGAUUAUUUCUUGUGCCGACAUUUGCAACUUUUAGUCUUCUACAAGAAUGUCGUCUUCAGUCUACCCGUGCUUAGUGCAUCCAUACCGUAAAGAUUAAACAUUCUGUCGUUCUAUCACAUAUGUGCAAGGUUUACUUUGUGCCAAAUGGCUAUGUGAAGCAAACUAUGCCAUUAACCCAUUGCCGACGGGUAUGAUGUGUACACAUGUGCUAUGCCCACUACACAAUGGGAGAAUCCAGCAGACAGAACAUGAAGCUGGAAUGCAUGAUAUGUGGAGUAGCUGUCAAGUCUGUAUACCAUUAUCACAAGCACAAUAUUCAGCAGCACUCCCUACCCCAGCUCUCACGUGCUAUUCUGAAGCUGAAAAAUCUUCAAGUACCACUAAAUGACCCUCCCUUAGAUGGAGACCAGGAGGAGGAGGAAGAGGAGGAUGAUAGAGAGAAGGAAAUUGAAUUGGAUAUGACAGCAGCAUUGGACCAUCCAGUUAAACUUGAACUGCUGGAUGAAGAGGUGAUCGAGCUCGGCCCAACAGCUAAUUCAGACAACUUGGAAGUCCAGAGCCGCCUGGUGAAGAAUGCAAUUCGGUCAAAACAACAGUCAAGACAAGUCAUAGAAGUUAAGGAAAACCAGCCACCGCCUUGUCAUAUUAACCCUUCAGUAGAGGAUCCAGAUGCAAUUGUUGUUAAGUUCAAUAGAGAGUUAGUGAUGGCUCUUGACAACAGUAGCCAUGCCAUCUACUCUCAAGACAUCAGCAGUAAACGGAAGUACAAUUCUCAAUUGAGAGCAGCAUACAAGAGUAAAAUAGAAAUUCCAGACCCAAACACAUUCAUCAUGGACUAUAGGAAAGCACUAUCAAAAUCAACUGAUAAGUAUGUCAUGCAGAAUGUAAGCAUGGUAGACACUCCACUCAAAAAGCGAAGAGGCAGACCUAAAAAGAACAAGGAUAACAAUUAUGAUACAUCAAGUAGAAUUGAGGAGAAAGUAACUGUGGAAAUAGAGUACGCAGAGGAGGAGGAUGAAGAAGCUUUAGAAGCCUUAGCUGAUCCACCUCUUUUUUCAGAGGACGAGGAUGAAGAGGCAACGGCUGCCAUACCAAAUGUCACAAAGACCCGUUCAGGAAGAACAAUUAAGAUCAAGAAAGAAGAUGGGACAUUCAAGUAUUAUGAUAUGCCAGGCAGAGAUCAGCUAGACACAGAAGAUCCCAGUAACCAAAAAGACUGGACAGAAGCCUCUGCAGUGCCUGUAACAAAGGGAAAAAGAGGAAGAAAACGAAGUCACUAGGGGAAACCAUU